ACAGAAUGCGAAGCAAAUAAUUUCGAAUGAAAAAUGUCAUUUUGACCGAGAGAGAUCUCCCUUGGGGAAGGGGCAAUCGCCAACGCCAAUCCGAUCCGUUAUUAAGCAACCCAACCCCCAAACCCUAGAACUUACAGAGGAAAAUUGCUGGAAGCUUCUCCGAAAUCGCAUCUCAUAAAGGGGGAAACGGAGCGGAUACGGUUGUAGAAGUAAUCGAGAAUGGGUAUAAUCCGGAGCGGCUUCUCGUUCAUCGUGGGCACAGCUUUCGGGGUGUAUGUGGCCCAGAAUUACAACGUUCCCAACGUCCGGAAGCUCUUCAACACCGGCCUGGUGAUCGCCAAGCACCUCGAAGAGAAUUACCGCAAGCCCAAGAAACGCGACGAUGAUGAAUGAAACCGAGUGGCGAAUGUUUUGCCUGCCCGCUACCUCCAAUCGCCUACCAGAUGUUUGUUGUUUUGCCUGUUAGAAAUUCAUUUUCUUUUUUUGGCAUGCCUUGAACGAUGGAUUUUCUCAUCCCGUUCAACAAAUGGAGUUUGAAGGUUCUGUGAUAUUGGAUGAUGAAUGGAAAUUUUGACAGAGUUGUAGUUUUGGCUGCC